GUCACGGUGACGAUGACGAACGGGGAGAGGUGCGAGCAGCAGCUGCGUUUCGGCAACCACUAGACGCCAGCUGAUCAUGGAAGACGGACCGGUGGAGGGUCCGGAUGGCGGACUUCAGAAGCGGCUCAUCUACAACCGACUGCUGCCUUACAGCGACCAGAUCGACGAUGAAGCUUCCAGGCUUCUCGCCGAAAUCAAGACCAACAUAGCGCGCUCAGUGAUGCUGCGCGAGGUGAAACCAGUCACAGCAUCUUGGACCGGACACCUGAAUAACUUCCUGAAACUGUACGGAUACCAGUUUAGCAAGAAAGACCAUGUGGAGCUCAUUCAGCUGCUCUUGGCACUCAUCGUCAUCCCCGACCUGGAGCUGGGGAUUGUCCAAAAGCUGGCCCAUACUCUCGGUCUACUGCUCAAGAAACGUGAACUCCUUUCCCGGGAGGACCUAUCUAUCGAAUGGAGGCCUCUGUAUGAACUCUAUGAGCGUUUGCUCUACUCACCUUAUGAGCAUCUGGGCAUGCUACUUCUACCUGUGAACCUCGAGACAAACAUCAAGCAGCUGAUACGAUACUGUCGCACCUACUUCACGGUGGAGUCAACUCAGGAGAUGCUUGACGAGUGGGAGCCUCUGAUGUGUCCGUUUGAUGUGACCAUGCACAAGGCCAUGGCAUACUUCGAGUUAUUCCUGCCCACCUUGCUGCCACCUGAGCAGCAUGACCAGGGGUUCAAACUUUGGUUCGACAAAUUUAUCGGUCUCUGGGAAAACAGCCACAAUUCUCCAGUGUGGGAAAAUAACCUCGUGUGGCUGUUUGCGAGGUUAGCUCAAAACAACAUUGGCUACAUCAACUGGGACCCUUACAUUCCGACCAUGUUCACCCGCUUGCUGCGGAGCUUCAACCUCCCAGCUGCAUCGGGCAAGGUUCAAGUGAACCGACACAGUAACUCCUAUGACAGCACACCUGUUGUCAGCUGGAUUGCAGCACUACUGGGUGGAGGCAGUACCUGCCAGACGUACGUCAGCCACCUGUUCAAGGCUGUUGAGUCCUUCUACCAUCCGUCCAACAAUGGCCGUUGGGUGACGAAACUUCAGAGGGUGCUGUACAAGUUGCCUGCUGAUGUGGUGCGAAGGCUUCACAAGGAGCGCUACAGGCCACCCUCGUGGGAGCCGAUUCCUCCUGAGUCGCACCGCUUGACCGACGCAGACGUGACAGCAUUUGUGGAGAGCGUUCAACCCGUGGUUCUGCUCUCCAUGUUUAGCAAGGGAGGCAGCUCGGGCGCGGCCGUGGCUCUGCAAGAUCUGGCCCUACUGCGGCCCGAACUGGUCAUUCCACCCGUGAUAGACAGGUUGUACUCUUCCCUGGAGACUCUGACGGAACCUCACCGCCUGACAGCAGCGAUGCACUGCGUGUUGGCAGUAGCACGCAGCCUCGUACAGGGGGGUCGCUUCUUUCCCGAGGGCCCCUCCCAUGUGGUACCCCUGCUCAACAGCUGCUUGCCCGGCAUCGACCCCAACGACAUUCGCAAGUGCAUCGUGACAUUCCAGUUCAUUUCAACAUUUGCCACCCUCGUUCCGCUGGUGGACUGCUCCAAGGCUGUGAACAUUCGCACGGACCUCACUGAAAUUGAACAGGAAGUGUGCCUGGCCACUGCGGGCUUUGAAGACUUUGUGCUACAACUGAUGGAGAGGUGCUUUUCACUGAUUGAGAACAGCAGCCUGGAAAAUCCAACGAGACUGGAUCGGGACACGGACAAGAUGAACACUGAGGAGAACAUUCUGGAAGUGGGCCUCUCCUCCACCUUCAGCAGCAUCCUCACACAGUGCUCCCCCGACAUUUUCAGGGCUGCCCUGGAGAAACUGCAUUCCUUUGUCUCCAACCGAAUCUUGGAGACCCGUGUGUCUGGCCGCUACGUUGCCAAUUUGUGCCGUUGCAUGGCUCGGGUCAAUCCCAACCUGGCACUGGCCACAUUUGUGCCACACUUCACCAAGCUGGUCAUGGCACUGACCAAAUCUGAUGAAGUGGCCACAGAGGAACUCCUUGACGACGAGCUUCUCUUUCACCUGCUAUUGCUUUCUGAGAUUGUGCGCUGUAAUGGUAAAGAGUUGAUUCCGCACUUGUCCUCGCUACGAGAUGUGCUUCGUCGAACGCUGCACUUGUCAUCACGGAGGGGCUACCUGCUGGCUAGCAGCCUGCUACGGAACAUCCUGCGGGCUUGCAGUUUGCUCUUCCCCCUCGACUACCGCAUGACCGCAGUGCCAUGGGAGCAGUGUCUCAACUUUGCAGAGUACUUGCCUAUCAGGGAGUGGGGUCGAGCAGGAGACAUCGACCAUCUGGACAUCAAGUGGCACGUCCCGUCCAGUGAGGAGUUGGCAUGUGUGCAAGACCUGCUUGAAACCUUCCUGCAGCCAGAACUGCAGGCAUUGCUCGGGUGGAGUCGGGGAGAGCGCACUCUGUCCAGAGAAGAGGUUCAGCGCAGCCUCAACCUGGUCCUAGACUGCAUUUUGGGAGCAGGGCUUGCGCUACCACUGUGGCCUGGGGAGCCUGUCAACUUGUUUGGCUCAAAAGUUCCUGCUUACUUUGAGUACAAAGUCUUUCUAGGAGUACCAUCUGUGAACUUCAAGUCUGGAGAAAACGUGCGACAAGUCAUAGCCUCUAUCAUGCGGAAAGUUUUAGACCAUACCCUGGAAACUCACGAAGAUGACAUCAAAUCCCUUUGCCUGAUUAUCAAGAUCUACCAUGAGCUCAUGUUCUUUUGGGGCAUCCCCAAGGACGACUUUGAUACUCGAUGGAAGGGAUUCAACAUUGUGAAGAAAGGCUUGGAAAACAGGCUAGCCAAACACAAGCAACACAUUCGAGCUCUGCUUGUGGACAGGGCACAGUUGCAGCAAGAGAUGCGUAUCCUGAGCCGCCACUUGAGCUAUUUCACAGAAUUUCACCGAGACCUGAUGCUUGACCUGUCACGCCUCGCCACCAGCCACUACAGCGAGGUGCGAAUUCAAGCCCAGGAGGUGCUAGGCAACUGCGUGCACAAUUACCCAGGCUCGCACACUCUCCUGCUGGGAGGACUGAUGGAGCAGCUGACGCCCGAGCGACCUGAAGUGACGCAUGAACAGUUCAAGGGUGCCUUGUACACCCUGCUCGGCAAGAAGCAGCGAACGAUGCUCGUCCUGUGCGACUGGCCCUUCCUGGGUUCCCUGUGGCCCGCACUGGUUGGGGCACGGCACUCCGAGAAGCCGUCCAUCAUCUGGCUCCUGGAGCACAUCCUCGAGACGCUGCAGAAGCACCUCGAGACCAUACAGAUUGCGAUCAAGGUGCCAGCACCCUGUUUGGAACGUGCCCAGCUAUUGGCACUUGCUGCAUCUGCUGAAGAAAUGGCUGCAGCAGUGGAAGCUGAGGAACAACGCAACAGUCGUGCAAAAACGGAGUAUGAAAACCUUGUCUGCAAGCUGGUUUCUCAGGUGGAGAGUGGCAGCCUCCACUGGCGCCACUACCACAUGGCCCUGGUGAUGGUGAAGCUACUCAUCAGAAAUGAUGUGCCCCUGCCCACACCUGCUGUUAGCAUGCUGGUCCAUCACUUGGUGCACGACACGCUCAAUGUGCGCAAGGUGGCCAUCCUGGGAGUGGGCACAGUGCUCAAGCAGCUCAAGAAGAAACAUGUCAAGCAAGAACUUGCUGAGAUCGACCAGCAGUCUAUUGAGCUCAGUCCAACGUUGGCCACCCUGGUGGACCGGGUGGGCAAGCGGCCUGCCAAUCUGUGGCUCCAGUACAACAGUGCCCUGCGCCCCGACACCAAGGAACGGUGGCAGAAACACCACUUCGUGCACAAAACUCACAUCGGCUUCUAUCGGCUACCCAAGCCCUUCCUCGUCUAUGCGCCCGACGAACAGCAGCCCUCACUGGAUCGCACAGCUGCGGAGAUGUCGCCAUCUGAAGCAGCCAUUUUUGAAGCCUUCACUUCUGAAUCAUUUGUGGAGCAACUGUCCAAGUACCUGUCACUAGAAGAACGCAAGGGCCAUGACCGGUUUGAUGCCAAAAGGUUCUACAUGUUCAAGGGCCUGUUUCGCAACUACGGCUCGGCAUUGCUGCCGCUCUUCGAGAAGGUUCUCCUCGCCAGGAUUGGCAGCAACCAGGAGAGCAACCAGCGUUGUGCACUGGAGAUUCUUGCAGGCCUCAUGAGAGGCAGCAAGCACUGGGACUUCAUCAAGAUGCAGCAGUUGCGUGCCAUGUUGGAGCCUGUGUUGCAGUUGGGCAUGACUGCAAUAAUGCCAGAAACUCUGCCCGACUGGGGAACAUGCAUGGCCACAAUAUCGGAGAGCCGUGAUCCAAACAAGUACCACUGGUUCUUCGAGCUCCUGUUGGCGGAACCUGCAAACAGCGAGGAGGGCUCCUUCCUGCAGUCGAGCCGCCUGUACGUUCAGCUGGGAGCCCUGGCACAACAGGAGUGGCGUGUCUGUGAGUUGCUGGAAGACCUGCUCGAGCGCCUCAAGCCACGUCUCACACACAGCUACCAGAACGUGCGAGACAAGAUAGGCGGCCUGCUGUGCAACUUAUUCCUCUUCGACGUGCAGCUGCCCAUGUUCCAAGCUUCGCUAACCCUAGUCCCACGGAGGGCACGCUUUAUGGACUACGUCAUGUCUGUUCUAGAGCCUCUGAUUGAUGCAGCUAACGAGAGCCAACUCCCCUGUAACUCGUCGACAACAAACAACCACCGGAACAACGGAGCUCCUCAUCGCGACGGUCAAGUGACUCCCGAGCGCAAGGCAGCUUCUCGGCUGCUGCAGACAGUCUGCAAGUGGAUCUUGGCCAGCGUGUCGCAGUCCCUGAGCGCAGCUCCUCCAGAAAUCUUCAGGGUAGUGCCUGUGCUGUGCCAGAUGCAGAGUGAUCAGACGGAUGAAGAACUGCAGAAGGAUUGUGCAGUUGCCCUAGCACUCCUUGGCAAUGCCCUGCUGCCUCCCGAGAGUAUCAGGGCGGCCCUGGCCACCAUUCGUGAGGUGGUGAAGAGCCCCCACUGGCACUCUCGGGCAGCCAGCUGCAAUCUGCUGCAGUUCUUGGUGUUCACCAACCUGUUCACCAUGCAAAGCUGUGCCGAGUGGAGAGAUGCCGUCAUAGAGCACACACUGGCCCUGCUCAAAGAUGAGCGCUUGGAGGUGCGGGAGACAGCGAGUGAAACCCUUGGCGGCUUGCUUCACUGCGAAUUCCUCAAGGUCACUGAUGAUCUCUUGGCUAUGUUCAAGGCCCAGUGCAUGCACAAGAAAAGGAAAAAGCGAGCUGGAGCCAGUGGAGCGUGGACACCUCUGGAGCCGUCUGACCUGAUCGAGCGCCAUGCAGGCAUCCUGGGCCUGUGUGCCUGCGUCAAUGCGUUCCCUUACGAUGUGCCACCCUUUAUGCCCGACGUCCUCGUCCUCCUGGGUGACCACCUCAAUGAGCCACAACCCAUCCCGGCCACCAUUAAGAAGACACUGUCCAACUUUCGAAGAACUCACCAUGACAACUGGCGCGACCACAAGGUCAAGUUCACCGACGACCAGUUAGCGGUCAUCACCGACCUCCUGGUCUCGCCCAGUUACUACGCUUGAGAUGCCACACAUCCUCCGACACACAGGAAUGGCCCCCUCGAAGGCCUCAGGCAUCACAACAUUGUAUUCAUUUUGUGUAUAUGACAAUUGACUCUUUUUAUUGUCAGGCACGGGAUCAAGCACGGUGGGCGAUUUAGUGAUAAGCUCCGCCUCAUGGCCUCUGCUGUGAUGGAAGGGCGUGUUUUUAUAUUGUGCCUCAUAUUGAAUUUUUUUCCUACGUAUGAGUGAGUGCAUAUUAAUUGCCUGUCAAGGACUGUGCAAAAAAAUUAGAAUGAAUUGAGGCGAGCUGUGGCUUGUGUUUUUAUUUGUGGGGAAUUGUUUAUUAGGGGUAUUGUUGUUAUACAAGCAUAAAUAAAGAAAUUGUUUAUAGAAACCAUGUCAGUGCUUCAACUUGCUUUACAAGUUGUGUUUGUGAGUACCUGUGACACACUAGCCAAGUGACGUCCUGAAAUGUGAAGGAACGUGUAAAUUUUAAGGGCUCGUUUUUUUUUUUAUUAAACACAAUAUUAACAAGAACUAACAGACAACACUGCCAAGAAAAGUAUAGGGGAUGUCAUUUUGUAGUAAAUGUAAUUCAAAUAUGAAAAAAGAAAAGUGGACGAAAAGAUAAUUUUCCAUGGGCACGGACGAAACCCACAAUAUUUCAAUAACGCGUCCGAUGCUCUACCAACUGAGCUACCAUGGUGGCUAUCCCCCCUUGUCCUCUUCGUCCCCGUGAAUUUGCGUAACUACACCAUAUGGUUAAAUUAUCCCCCCUUACGCUUUACAGGGUAUAUAUAUAGUAUAUGUGCAUUUAAAAGUGGGAUUGUCGGUCGACGCUGCCGGUAGCCAUUAACACUCGCCGCCAUGGCUAGGGGUCAAGGAGGAGGAGGAUUGAAAGAGGAAGGACAAGGAGGUUAGGCUAGAGGUUAAUAUUACUACUAAAGUAUAGGGGAAGUUAUUAUUACUGAUAAUAUCCUUGGUACUUGACAGUGUUGUCUGUUGGUUCUCAUUAAUAUUACAUAGAAAGGUUGAUACUUUUGCUUUAAAAGGAACACUUAAAAAAGUCUCGGCUGGUUAAAAUUUAGUUUUUAGGUAAGGCGAGCGAGGUCUCUCGUGAAACAUUGAUAUAGGAGAGCAAUAAAGGUGUGUUUUUAUCUUUA